AUGAUGAAAAGCGAAUGCGGAAAACAUUCACUAAACUCCUAAACUCAACCACAGUUUCUUCUCUCUCCUCUCUCUCUCUCUCUCUCUCUCUCUUCUAGUCUCUCUCUAGUUUCUUCUUCCUGCUUCUCUAAAUACCAAAGCGUAGCUUCAAGACCCACACUCUCACUCCCUCCCCUCAACAAACUCAACAAACCAAACAACUUUCAACUCAGAGAGAGAUUUCAUCACUCACCUUUGAUUUGAUUUGUUUUGGAGGGAGGCCGAUCGGACGGUGGAGAUGAGCUGCAACGGCUGCCGAGUGCUCCGGAAGGGAUGCAGCGACACAUGCAUACUGAGGUCGUGCCUGUACUGGAUCGACUCUCCCGAAGCCCAAGGCAACGCCACCCUGUUCCUUGCCAAGUUCUUUGGCCGCAGCGAUCUACUCUCCUUCGUCUCCGCCGUACCGGAAAACCAACGCCCUGCUCUGUUUCAGUCUCUGCUGUUCGAAGCGUGCGGCCGCACGGUGAACCCGGUGAACGGAGCGGUGGGGCUUCUGUCGAGCGGGAACUGGCACGUGUGCCAGUCGGCGGUCGAAACGGUGCUCUGCGGCGGCGCUUUGAGGCCGUUACAGGCUUUCACUACGCCUACCCUCGACGAGUCUUCGGACUCGUUCAGCAGAGGCUCAUGCACGCCGAAAAACCGCUACUGCCCGUCGGCGUCGGCAUACUACGACGCGGAGCGAAUCCAGCCGUUCGAGGCGGCGGGGCUCUCUCUGAAGCCGAAUCUCGUGGCGGCAGAGAGAGGAAGAGGGAGGGGAAUGUGGAUCUGCGUAAGUGCCGCGAUGGAUCAGCGGCGGAGGGAUACGGUGUCGUUUGAUUCGGAGGAGUCAGUGAUGACUACGACAACGACGAGGACCUUUGAAAGCGGUGGCGGCGAUCUGAAGGAUCGCAAGCUUCUGAACCUUUUUGUCUAAGUACUAUUAACCUAUGAGAGAGAAAUCUAUGAGAAAGAGAGAGAGAGAUUUUGUUCAACUAAUAGCAAAUUAGUACUCGUAAUUAGAAGUGAUAAGUGAAUAAUGUAUUCCGAGAGGAAAUACGAUAAUCGGAGCCGAUCAGUUUUGAAUUGAA